AUGGCGGCUGAGGAGGAUUUGUCUGCGGGACGCAUGGGCGACCUUGUUCAGGCGUUGGAGCUUAUCCACAACCCCUCAUCCACGAAUGAGCUACGCAGAGAGGCCUUGUCCUUUGUGGAAUCGCAGAAGGAAAGCAAGUCGGCGGCUCGUAAUGGCUUUGCACUGGCAUCCGGGGCGGAUAAUAGUCCCUUGGUCCGCUAUUUUGGCCUGACCCUUCUGGAUCAUGUCUUGCGGCACACUUCCUUUACUGUCUCUGAACAGGUGGCUGUGCUGAGAGAUCUGGUUCUCAAACUGGCAGAGUCGACUCGAUCGGAAGAUCCCCCAUAUAUUCGCAACAAAAUCCCCCAGCUAUGGGCGGAGGUCGCGAAGAGAAGCUGGGGGCUGGACUGGAUCGAGAUGGACCAGACUCUAUAUCGGUUCUGGGAGGGGGGUCUCGUGCACAAGGAGCUGGUUCUCUCCAUUCUGGAGACACUGUCCGAGGACAUCUUCUACCGGGAGGAUACCGUCUCUUCUCUGCGAGGGACGGAUCUCAACAGAGCCCUGGUCGAGAUCUUUACCCCCAUGUCAGUUUUUGAAGAAAUCUAUCCGAAGCGAGAUCAUCACGUCGAACUGCGGUAUGGCUCGGACUCCUGGCUUACCCGGAUCAGCGAAUUCCUCCAAUAUUGUAUCGAGAACCUUCAAAACUCGAAGCAGGCGAAGGACGCCGCUCUCAAAGCAUUGGCGACGCUAAAGUCAGUCUUGGUAUGGGCGAUUCCCAAAGCCAUUAUCUCCUCAAACUGUGUCCCAACGAUAGCGAGGGCUUUUACUUGCCACGACGAACAAGUAUUGCUGGCCGCUGUGGAAGCUUUGCACGCCUUGUAUAGCAGAUCCAAUAUUGACGUGGCUGGAUUCCAACCACUUGUACAUGUAAUGUAUGAAACAGACUACCUGAAUGUCCUGCAAAAAUUAUACGAAUGGUCGGUGGUGGGACCCGAUGAUAUUGACGAUACAAGAUACAUGAUCUCCAAGAAGAUCUCCGAGAUGGUGUCCUAUCUUGCAGGGUUCCUCGAUGAGAAGGGAUUUUCUUUAGAAAGCACUCAUAGCAUGAACCUCCUAUUCUUUUUCCACCUUAUGUUAAAUGUCAUUCGACAUCAAAGCUUAACGGUUUCUAUACCUGUUCUCCAUGUGUGGUCCAAACUAUUAGCUUCUGAUAGGAUUGGAAACACCGAAUUGGUCACGAGUUUGAUUCCUGCGCUACUAGAAAUAUGUACCCAGCGGCUGGUCCGCUGGGAGUCUCUCCCCACGGAUUCCGACGACCCUACAGUAGUGUUCCUUGUGGAGGAUAUCGACACGGUCCCCGAGAGACAUGCUUUCGUGGGCAAUUAUCGCCGGUAUUGCUCAUCUAUUAUAGAGACGACUGUUCACAAAAGGCCCGAGGAGGCUAUUCCGCAUAUCCUAUCAGGUGUGGAUGUCAAUUUGGACAACCUUUACAGUGGAGUUGAGCCUUUUAGCGUCAAAUCUUUCUCGAAAAGUUCGCUUCCUCUCAUGCGUGCCGACACGCAAUUUGCGGUCGUGGAGGCUACGCUGAAAGGAUAUAAUAAAUGGCUAGCGGCACAUGGGAAGAUGCCGCAGCAAGAUGAGCUAAAGAGAAACGAACUAGAGAACGUCUUAGAAACGUGGGCUUUUAAAUUAAUGCAGAGGGAUUUCGAGGACCCUAUAUUGAAGCAACGCGUCAUCAAACUCAUUGUUGACGUUUCUUCGAAAGCCCUUGACAAGACCCCCAGCUUUUCCUUGAAGGUUCUCGAAUAUAUCCUUAUGACACGUCUCCCUGACCAACCCGAGUUUGCCACAUACUCGGAGGCCGUGAAGGAACUUCAUGGGCUUGCCAGCCAUGAACUUCGGCGGCUUGCGAUGCGCUAUGCGGACUACUUUUCCACCUUCUACGACCUGCUUGAGCCUAAGAUCAAAGAGAUUAGCCUGGCGAACCGUGUAGAUGACAAAUUGCAGAUGGAGCUCACUUCGAUUCUUCUCAUCAUUAUGCAACGUGCGAAUAACGUGGAACCCCAUAUACGCCAGUCCCGGUUGUCGUCUUUUGUGGAACCUAUAAAGCAAGCUUGGCAGGAAGAGGAACUCCGACAGUUGAGCUCGUCCUUUGAAGGGUUCUGUGCCAUGUUAGGGUUGCAACCUGUGGGACCUUAUAUGCAGGCACGGCAGGCACAGAAACUGGAAGACUGGACAUCGGUACCUUUAGAUAACGAGGGAAGACUUGUCCAAGAGGAGAUGACAAGGAAGUUCCAGCAACUGCCUCUGCGAGGCACCAAAACUAUGUUGGCUGUUUCCACGGAGAAGCUAAAAAAGAACGAACCGGCGUACGAACUUGCAUGCGGUGUCUGGCACGAAAUUAUCCCAGUGAUACUACCAACCUUGUUACAGCUUGUCAGUAACGCGCACGCUUUCCAUAACCCGGCCAACUGGAACGGCCUGACUGAUGACAUGAAAGUCGUUGUCGAGCGCAUAUUGACCGAUAGAUUCUGGCAGGCUGGAAUAUCCACGGGUAGCCGAGAUGAAUUUUAUGCUAAAAUCACAUCCUCCCGAGCAUCACUCGAGGGGUUCGCAUCCUCGGUUAGAGGCAAGAUUAGAGCAGUCCGUGAGUCCUGCUACUCAAUGUUGUUCAGCAUGAGUAGGCUGAGAGAGCACUUCUAUGGUUUCGCGGAACUUCCGGGGCCUCUUUCCCAGGCCCUCUUCAAGGACUCGUCGUAUCUCUCAUCUCACCAAUUUUCCGUCCUUCUGAAUAUUUCAAGGUGUUUGAUUGAUGACUGUCCUGUUAAGUUCAGAGGUCAAUUUUUGCCUCCGAUGCUAGCAACACUGUUCACAAAUAUCGAUAGGAAGGUCACCACAGAAUGGGACGUCAUCGAACAGCGGAAAGAGGGCGUCGCCGAUGGCGAUUUGACUGAUGAGAUGAAAUCAGAGAGUAUUCUUCGUCAGUUGACAUACUCCGCGGUCAUCAUGGUAGCAAGUCUCCUUGACCCGCAACGAGGAGACCCUGAUGAAGAACCGGCAGAUCCAAGUGCUCCACAGCAACCGCCGGCGCUAUCUGACUCAAUACGACAUUUCGUUCUAUCUUCACCAGAGAUAUUUGAGCCCGUGAUGCUUUUCUGUACCCACGCUCUUCGGAUGCGUGAUACCCGAUGCUGCAGCAUCAUCACCCGGGUUAUCCGGUCCAUUCUUCAGGACUUCGCUCCCCCUAACCAGUCUCCCACUACCCUGACGAUUCGCGAAUUUAUAUGUUCCGAAGUCCUUAAAGCUUGCAUUACAUCCGUGCAUGAGCCUUAUUUUGUUGAUAUGCAGAAAGACCUGGCCCAGCUGAUCGCAUCCAUCUGGGUCCUUUACGGGUCGAGCAGUCCUACAGCGCGAGCCGUGAUCCUCAGCCUUCCCGGUAUGGACGAGCAGCGAGUUGCCAAUGCGGAAGCCGCUCUGUCGCGGACUACGGCGGCACGCCAGCAACGGGCCCUGAUUCUGGAUCUUCUAGAGGGGGUGAGGGGUGUGAGUAUCGCGGAGCAAGGUAAGAUUCUCGGCAGCCGGGAAGAACGGCGAAAGGCCCGAAGUGUCUUACAAGAGAGAUAUAUGAGUUCCGAGAUGGAGGGCCAGCAAAAGCUCAAGGUUGAUAUCAACGAUGGGCCCGACCUAUCGGGAGUUGCGGACAUGUUUGGUUAA